AUGGACAUCGACAGGAUCAAGCGCAAAAGGGCCGUGGUGCGGACGUCAACGACAAAGCUUCUCAACGACAUAGCCACCAUGGAGGACGACGCAUCACUCGGUGAGCUUGAAGAAAAGAUCAACCUUCUCUCACUUAAGGAAGAUUCACUCAAAGAGCUAGAUCGGGAAAUUGAGAGUGGCGUAGAAGAUGAUGGAUUAGAAGAGGAAAUUGCAUGCUCCGAGACCUACAAAGAAAGAAUCAGCAUAGCAAAAACCAAAGUACAGCGCAUGCUACGUGAGCGUAACUGCACUGACACCUCAUCAGUGACCGCUUCGCUAGAUCGCACCUCAAGCUCCUCAGAUCAAAGAGAAUCUAGCAAUAACAUACCGCAAGUAACCCCCACAGUAAAGCUGCCAAAGCUAGAAAUGGCAAAGUUCAACGGUGAGCUUCGACAGUGGCAAGGCUUUUGGAGCCAAUUCGACUCAACAAUAAACGCUAACCACCACCUGUCAAACGUGGACAAAUUCAAAUACCUGAACAGUUACCUCACAGGAAAAGCAGCGGCUGCUGUUGCAGGGCUUGAUUUGUCUGAAGGAAACUACGAAGUUGCUCUCUCGCUGUUAAAGGAAAGGUUCGGCCGAAAAGAAGUCAUUAUCGAGGACCACAUGUCCAGAUUGCUCAAUAUCAGACGUCGCGCAGGGUGA